AUGGUGCAGACCCUCGACUCGUUGGAGUUGUUGUUCUCAGCACGUCCCAACCGCCCGUUUAUAGUAACGAUCGCGGUCGAUCCGCACAUCAUCGUGUCGGCGAUUAAUCACAGCAUGCACACGGCACUGACUGGGACGGAGCUGACGGGGCACGAUUACUUGAAG